CAGAGACAAUGGCCGCCGCAGGAACCGAUGACUUCGACAAGAAGUGCGAGGUGAAGCACAACGAGACGCUGGGCAGAUUUUUAGUUGCCCACUGCAACAUCCGAGCUGGCGAAACCCUUCUGCUGGAGCAUCCCAUCGUGGUAUUGCCCCACAUUGGUGACAGACGAUGCUUCAAGUGUUUCAAACUCACUCGGACUUUCUGCAAGAAGUGCCGCCUUUUGGCUUUGUGCGCAGAGUGCCCGGAUCAUGAUGAGCGAGACUGUCAAAGGCUUGGAGAGCUGAAACUGCCAGAGGAACAGGUGGAGCAGCUGCAGGGAGAUGAUCACACUGCUGUCCAGUCUGCCCUGAAGUGUCUGCUAUUGAGGGAGCAUUUGGACACGCUGCCACUUUAUGAGGAAAUGUCCCAAAUGGAAACUCAUCUGGCGGUCAGGCGAGGCACUGAUAUCUGGAAGAGCUAUCAGGAACAGGCCUUUGAUCCACUGGAGAAGAGCGGAGUGCUGAAGCAACUGCAUUCCGAAGCGAAUGAGGAUCUGGUGCAGAGUCUCCUUGGUAUUCUGGACAUUAAUACCUUCGAAAUACGUGCCCCGGAACCGGGUGGCUCCAUGAGGGGACUUUAUCGCCGGGCCGGACUGUUUGCCCACAGCUGUAUGCCCAAUCUGGUGACCGCCAUUGAUGAUGAGCGUCGGAUUAAGGUAUACGCCAACAGGUUUAUAGCAGCCGGCGAGAUCCUUUACUACUGCUACACCAACGUGCUCCUAGGCACCGAAGAGCGUCGGCAAAUACUAAAGGAGGGAAAGUGCUUCGACUGCAACUGUCCGCGCUGCCAGGAUCCAACUGAGCUGGGCACUCACAUGAGCAGCUUCAUAUGCAGUCCUUGCUCCUCCGGCGGCUAUAUAGUCCGCCAGACGGAGACUGGUAGUUGGCAGUGUCUCCUCAAUCCGGAGCACACACUGAAGGAGGAGUUCGUUUCGAAUAUGUUGGAGCGAGCCAAGGAGGAGAUAUUCCAUGCCAAGGAUGAUAUCUAUAGGUUGGAGCUGCUGCUGGCUAAGCUCAGCCGGUUACUCCAUGGAAACCAUUACCUGAUGUUGGACUUGAAGCAGAACAUAGCCUCCAUACUGCGCCAAAUCCUGCAGAACAUGGCACACAGACCGAACAGAAAGGUCUAUGAGCGAAAGAUUCGGUUGUGCCAAGAGAUUUUGCUGGUUCUCAAGGUCCUGACUCCCGGAAUCUCAAGAUUGAAGGCCAUAGAUCUCUACGAGCUGGCCAAUACACAGGCGGAGCUGGCCAGAAAGCUGUUUAGCGAGCAGGAGAAAAGUGCCCGCGACCUGUUGGAGGAGCUUGAACAAACAGAGGUUAUGAUACGAGAGUCCCUACGAAUGCUCCUUUUUGAGCCCAUAGCCACUCCAGAAGGUCAACUUGCGCACAGCAUGCUCCGGGAGCUGAAAGAACUACAGAACGAUAUAAAACUACUCAAGGAACCCAAUGACGAUGUGGUGAACUAAUUAGCAAAAUUUGCAUUUGAGUUUCAUACAAUUUUGGUUACAUUAUUCUUUACAAAACAUUACUAAACAAAUGUGCAAACUAAUUGCUUUGGCUUGAGCUUAAUAAUUUCU